UUGUCAGACAUAUCGUCCGACCCCUCGGAGCCGUACAGCAAACUCGUCUCUAGCCGAUCAACCUUUCCUCUACGACAGUCCUCUGCAUCACUCUCUGAGGAGGUCGCACCCUGUGUCGAGUCAAUAGCAACACUUGAAGGAGGCUCCAAAAAUGCUGACACUUUCACAACCAUGUCCCAAUCCGACCUUCUAGCUAUUUGCGAUGCUGCUGAUGCAGAUCGAGCCCGGCGCACUGAGUUAGCUUGGCGCAAUCUGCUUGCAUGUCCAUCAAAGCCACCUCUCUGUUUCCGCCACCAAGAACCUUGUGUCUUGAGGAUCGUAAAGCGAACCGGCUCAAACCAUUUUGGUCGCCAAUUUUGGGUCUGCUCUAGGCCACAAGGAGUUACAGGCAACCCUGCUGCCAGAUGCCAAACAUUUUUGUGGGCAGAUGAAGUUUCGAGGGGCUUGCACAAAACAUUCCCGUCAGUAAAGAAGUAA